AUGGGAGUUGAUAUGAGGAUGAAUCUGUCUUUGGGUUUUAAUGUAUAUGUCACUUCUGUUCUCUUUCUUCUUUUCUUCCACAUUAUAUUUCUUGGCCUUUGGUACGUUGGUCUUGUGUCACGUGUAGCUGGAAAGAGGCCAGCAAUUUUGACAAUUCUCCAAAAUUGUGCUGUUCUUAGUGUGGCCUGCUGUGUGUUUUAUAGUCAUUGUGGCAACCGUGCUAUUUUGAGAGAUAGACCACUGGAACGAAAAAACUCUUGGUUUAGUUUCUGGAAGAACGAUGAUAGGAACACAUGGCUUUCAAAAUUCCUCCGAAUGAAUGAGUUGAAAGAUCAGGUCUGCUCAUCUUGGUUUGCUCCAGUUGGGUCUGCGAGUGAUUAUCCACUUUUGUCCAAGUGGGUCAUUUAUGGUGAGGUACAGUUAGCAUGCAAUGGUUCAUGUGCUGGUUCAUCGGAUGAAAUCUCCCCAUUAUACUCAUUAUGGGCCACAUUCAUAGGCCUCUACAUUGCUAAUUAUGUGGUGGAAAGGUCAACAGGGUGGGCUCUUACUCACCCUCUAUCUGUUGAAGAAUAUGAGAAGUCGAAGGAGAAGCAAAUGAAGCCUGAUUUUUUGGAUAUGGUUCCUUGGUAUUCAGGAACAUCAGCUGAUUUAUUCAAGACUGUCUUUGAUCUCCUGGUAUCAGUAACUGUCUUUGUUGGCCGCUUUGACAUGCGUAUGAUGCAGGCAGCAAUGGACAAGGUCCAUGAUGGAGCUCAACAAAAGGAUGUUUUAUAUGAUAAUUUUGUUGGGAAGGAUGAUCUGUGGUUUGACUUUAUGGCUGAUACUGGCGAUGGUGGAAACUCAUCUUAUACUGUGGCUCGGCUCCUUGCUCAACCUUCCAUUAACAUCAACCAAGAUGAUUCUAUGCUGCACUUACCACGUGGCGACUUACUCCUGAUUGGAGGGGAUCUUGCGUAUCCUAAUCCAUCAGCAUUCACUUAUGAAAGGCGUCUAUUUUGCCCUUUUGAGUAUGCUCUCCAGCCCCCUCCAUGGUCUAAACAAGAGCAUAUAGCUGUAGAUAAGCCUGAGCUACCUUGUGGUGUGUCUGAACUGAAGCAAUAUGAUGGACCUCAGUGUUUUGUCAUUCCUGGCAACCACGAUUGGUUUGAUGGACUUAAUACAUUCAUGAGGUAUAUAUGCCAUAAAAGCUGGUUGGGCGGGUGGUUUAUGCCUCAAAAGAAGAGUUAUUUCGCUCUGCAACUCCCAAAAAGAUGGUGGGUAUUUGGUUUUGAUCUCGCACUCCACGGUGAUAUUGAUGUGUACCAAUUCAAAUUCUUUACAGAACUAGUAAAGAACAAGGUCAGAGAUGAUGACUCUGUAAUUAUCAUGACACACGAACCAAACUGGCUUCUUGAUUGGUACUGGAAUGAUGUUUCUGGAAAGAAUGUUGCACACCUGAUAUGCGACUAUCUAAAAGGGAGAUGUAAGCUUCGAGUGGCUGGAGAUUUGCAUCAUUAUAUGCGUCAUUCAUUUGUUAAAACGGAGGACCCAGUUCAUGUGCAACAUUUACUUGUAAAUGGUUGUGGUGGGGCUUUUCUACAUCCCACCCACACCUUUAGUAAUUUUAAGAAAUUUUAUGGAGCUUCUUAUGAGAGCAAAGCUGCUUAUCCUUCAUUUGAAGAUUCAAGCAGGAUUGCUUUAGGAAAUAUUUUAAAGUUUCGAAAGAAGAACUGGCAAUUUGAUUUUAUUGGUGGCAUUAUAUACUUCCUACUGGUCUUUUCUAUGUUUCCACAGUGUAAGCUUGAUCAUAUCCUGCGAGAUGAUUCAUUUUCUGGCCACAUGGGGUCUUUCUUUGGAACAGUGUGGAAUGCUUUUGUAUACAUGCUGGGGCAGUCUUAUGUAUCUGUAGCAGGUGCUGUGGUAUUGCUAAUUGUUGCAAUUAUAUUUGUCCCCUCUAAAGUGUCUCGGAAGAAACGAUUGAUGAUUGGAGUUCUUCAUGUGUCUGCACACCUGGCUGCAGCACUGAUUCUUAUGUUACUGUUGGAACUGGGUGUUGAGAUGUGUAUCCAACAUAAACUACUGGGAACUUCAGGCUAUCAUACUUUAUAUCAGUGGUACCGAUCGGUGGAGAGUGAGCACUUUCCAGAUCCAACUGGCCUUCGAGCUCGAAUAGAACAAUGGACUUUUGGCCUUUAUCCAGCAUGCAUCAAGUAUUUCAUGUCCGCAUUUGAUGUUCCAGAGGUUAUGGCUGUCACCCGAAACAAUAUAUGCAAGAAUGGGAUGGAAUCACUAUCUAGAGCGGGUGCCAUAAUUUAUUAUGCUUCCGUCUUCCUUUAUUUCUGGAUGUUCUCAACUCCUGUAGUUUCUUUAGUAUUUGGAAGUUACUUAUAUAUCUGCAUUAACUGGCUUCACAUACACUUUGAUGAAGCCUUCUCCUCCCUCCGAAUUGCUAAUUACAAGUCAUUCACCCGAUUCCACAUCAAAAGUGACGGUGAUCUUGAAGUCUACACUCUUGCAGUUGAUAAGGUCCCGAAAGAGUGGAAGCUAGACCCCGAAUGGGAUAGGGAGCUAAGACAGCCACAACAAAUGAGCCACCUUAGAAAGUUUCCUAGCAAGUGGAGUGCAGCCGCCGCUCAACAGGAUCCGUUAAAUACCGUUAAAAUUGUUGAUCACUUUGUUAUUCGACAAACAGAUAAAACUGUUAAUGGAGCAAGUGAUGGAUCAGUAAUUAGCUGA